GCUCACUUACACAGUGGUCAUACUAUUUUAGGAAGUCAGGACAAAAUGUGAAUAAAUGUUAGAAAAUGACUAAGUUAAAGAAUCUGCUGAGUUUUGCGACCCAGUCCCGAGUCAUAUCACACUCUAAUCCCAGGGAGCAGAUCCUCAACUGCCUGACCUAUGGCCUCUUGAUUAUUGUGGCCCUCUGCGCGGGCGUUCUGUUGUGGGAUCUCUCAAACAGUCCCCGAGAUGGAUUUUUUCACGGAAAAAGGGACUCGCACACUCUGAUAUUGGACUUAGAGCACAUCCAAGAGAUUGCUGUAAAUCCAGAGGCUGAGCAGCGUGCCCGAAAUAUCAACUGCACCUUCUGGGACUGCCUUAACAUUUAUAAAUGCGAGCAUGACCGCUUAAAGGUCUACAUUUAUCCGCUGCAGGAGUUUGUGGACGAGCGAAGCGACAAGUUAGCCACCACAUUGUCCAGCGAGUACUUUCAAAUCCUGGAAGCGGUGUUGAAGAGCCGCUAUUACACUUCGAAUCCGAACGAGGCGUGCCUCUUCCUACCCAGCUUAGAUCUUCUAAACCAGAAUGUCUUUGACAAACACUUGGCUGGCGCUGCUCUGGCUUCCCUGGAUUUCUGGGAUCGCGGCGCCAACCACAUCAUCGUCAAUAUGCUGCCUGGAGGAGCUCCUUCAUACAACACCGUGCUGGAUGUGAAUACGGACAAUGCCAUUAUCUUUGGUGGUGGUUUCGAUUCUUGGUCGUAUCGGCAAGGCUUUGAUGUAUCCAUUCCUGUCUGGAGUCCACGAUUGGUGUCGCAACAUGCCCAUGCCACGGCCCAAAGGAAAUUCCUUUUGGUCGCUGCCCAACUUAAUUUACUUCCUCGCUCUGUGAGAACUCUGCGAGAAUUGUCCUCAUCGCACAGCGAGCAACUCCUUCUCGUGGGAGCCUGCGAGAAUUUGGAUCUCAACAUACGUUGUCCUCUGUCGCAGCGCCAUAAAUCCCUGGAGUAUCCGCGCAUGCUGUCGCGCGGAAAGUUCUGCCUCCUUGGCCGCAGCUUGCGCAUGGGUCAGCCCGAUCUGCUGGAGAUUAUGUCGCAGCACUGCAUUCCUGUGAUUGCCGUGGACAACUAUGUACUACCCUUCGAAGAUGUGAUCGAUUGGUCGCUGGCCUCCGUUCGAGUACGCGAAAGCGAACUGCAUUCCGUGAUGCAAAAGCUAAAAGCUAUAUCAAGUGUUAAAAUAGUUGAGAUGCAGAAGCAAGUGCAGUGGUUGUAUUCCAAGUACUUUAAGGACUUGAAAACUGUAACUCUGACGGCUCUGGAAGUGCUGGAAAGUCGCAUCUUUCCGCUAAGGGCCCGCAGCAGUCGUCAGUGGAAUGCCAUCGACACCAACGCUCGCUCCACCUUUAACCCUCUUUUCCUGCCCUCGCUGGCGCCAAAGUCUCAAGGAUUCACUGCCGUAAUACUCACCUAUGAUCGGGUAGAAAGUCUCUUUCUGCUGAUUCAGAAGUUGGCGGUGGUGCCCUCAUUACAAAGCAUUUUGGUCAUUUGGAACAACCAGAAGAAGUCUCCGCCGCACUUGUCCACCUUUCCAUCUAUAUCGAAGCCUCUGAAGAUUCGGCAAACCAAGGAGAACAAGCUAUCGAACCGUUUCUAUCCAUAUCCGGAAAUCGAAACUGAAGCGAUUUUAACUAUAGACGAUGACAUUAUUAUGCUGACAACAGACGAAUUGGACUUUGGCUACGAAGUUUGGCGAGAGUUUCCGGAUCACAUUGUGGGCUUUCCCAGUCGUAUUCAUGUUUGGGAUAAUGUCACUAUGCGCUGGCACUACGAAUCGGAGUGGACGAACCAGAUAUCCAUGGUGCUCACAGGAGCCGCCUUCCAUCACAAGUACUGGAGCCACAUGUACACACAUGCAAUGCCGGGGGAUAUUAAGGAUUGGGUGGACGAGCACAUGAAUUGCGAGGAUAUUGCUAUGAAUUUCCUGGUGGCCAAUAUAACCAACAACCCACCUAUUAAGGUCACUCCUCGCAAGAAGUUCAAGUGUCCAGAGUGCACCAAUACGGAGAUGCUUUCCGCCGAUCUGAAUCAUAUGCGCGAGCGGUCGGCCUGCAUCGAUCGCUUCUCUAAGAUCUACGGCCGAAUGCCACUGCGCACUGUGGAGUUCAGAGCGGACCCCGUGCUGUUCCGCGACAAUUUCCCGGACAAGUUGAAACGCUACAACGAUAUCGGUAGCUUGUAAGAGUUAUCAACUCUAAAAUGAACAUUCCAGUGGAAUUUAUGGAGGUAUACCAAAGACUUGAAGGAAUGGCGCUCAACUUCCGCAAUGAGGAUCUAGCUGGCAGUCGACUAUAUUAUAUGUCCAUCUUGUCGGUGAAUGGAUAAAAGCCAUCAUCAUAUGUGGAUAUAAAAAAACGAUACUAGGGGCUGUUCCGGUUUAAAUUUUGAAGCAAUAUGUUUUACUUCUAAUUGGAAUUCGAGUGUUUAAUUGUUACGCGAAUAGUUAGAAAAUAAUUUAGUGAAAUUAACAACUGGACUAAUGGAUUUUUUAUGUAGAAAAUUAUUUAUUAACAAAAAUACUUUUAAUUUUAAGUUGUAACGUCGGCAGCAACGAGUAGACUUAAUUUUCAUUUAAAAUAGAACAUACUUUAUCCAAACUGGAACUGGCCUGUAAAUACAUAUUAGAAAAUGAUCUUAUCGUA